GUUCGUCACUCGUUGGAUCGAGGAUUCAAGCUCCACACGCACUCUCGACCACAUUCAUCUUCCUAUCCACACCUCUCCAUGGCGCCUACAAGACCCCAAGUCAAGCUCACCCUCAACCCUUCUCAGAAAGCCUACCUCGAUAGACUCGCCUCUACCGGCUCCAGCUCCCCCGCGUCUCCGACCCCGUCGUCUCCCGGCCGAGGCUCCUGGCGGGUGCAGGCAGACGGCGAGUCGCUCAUGAGCAACAUCGAGAAUGCCAAGGCGAAGCUCAUGAUGAGGUCGAAGAGCGACAGGAACCUUGCGGAGCUGAGAGGGGAGGAGGAGACGAGGGGGAGGGGGGUACUGCGACGAGGGGUAUCAAUGGCGAAUCUGUCAUCGGCGAGCAUGAUAUGAAGAAUACAUGGAAUUGAAUUUAAAAAAAUUGAGAUUUUAAUGAUAGAUCCUGUACAAUAGAAGACGGGUUAUCUUUGAAUGUUUUCGUGGAAAUCAUAAAGAAAAUACUGGG